AUGGACCCAAAUCCGCGAGCAGCCCUGGAGCGCCAGCAGCUGCGUCUCAGGGAACGGCAGAAAUUCUUCGAGGACAUUUUACAGCCAGAGACAGAGUUCGUUUUCCCGCUAUCCCAUCUGCAUCUCGAGUCACAAAGACCCCCCAUAGGUAGCAUCUCGUCCAUGGAGGUGAAUGUGGACACACUGGAGCAGGUGGAAUUUAUUGACCUUGCGGAUCAGGAUGGAGCAGAUGUGUUCUUGCCUUGUGAGGAUUCACCACCAACUCCCCAGAUGUCUGGAGUGGACAGCCAUCCAGAGGGGCUGAGCCUGCCAGUACCCACGCCAGACAGGACCACAUCCCGAACCUCCUCCUUGUCCUCUGACUCGUCCAACCUGCGCAGUCCAAAUCCAAGUGAUGGGGGAGCAGACACACCCUUGGCACAGUCUGAUGAGGAGGAUGGGGAUGAUGGAGGGGCAGAGCCUGGACCCUGCAGCUAGCAGUGGACCUCUUGAAGACUGAUCAGUCUGGCUGUUCUCAGUGGGAGGAGGUCCCAGGCCCAGCAGAGCACAUGGAGAAGACCGGACACUUUCCUGGCCAUCAGCGCAAAGGGAGGAGAGGAUGGCGGAUGGUGGACCUGAGACUCAGCCUUCCCCCGCUUUCUGCUAACUUCCUCCUGCUACACCCCUCCCACCAGUGGUUUUCCUCUGUGGUAGGACUUCCAAAUGAGAAGCGGGAAGAUGAGGUAGGACAAGAUGCCACUGCUUUCUUAGUACCCUCCUGCCCCCAAAUGGCCCUGUAGUCUUCCACUAGUCUCCUAAGUCAGUGUCUCUGAGGGAGUUCUGAGGAGUUCCACUUGGCACGCUGUGAGGUUGUACUGCAGUAAUCCUGCCUCUUGAAGUCCUUUUCGGAAGAGGUUAUAGUACAAAUAAUAAACUAUAAUAUACCACUCA